AUGUUGUGCACUCAUCAACUGCUGUCGUCUCAACAUCUAACAAUAUUGAUUGUUCCUGUUCAGUCCAACCAAAUCUUGUUAAUCCUCCCCCUGUUAUUAUUAAUUCAUCCUCCCUUCAAUCUGGGCAGCACCACCACCCAGCAGCAGCAAUCCGUCGUCUACACCAGUACUAAUUCUCCAUUCAUCACUUUGAAUGUGAACACAUUAAACCCCAUUCAAAACUGCUCUGCAUCCACUCCCAACGGUUCCAGUCCAUCAGAUGGAUUCAGUUUACGUGAGUCUUACGUGUACAAGCAGUUUCGUAAAUUUAGUCAAGACGAUGAUUGUUGGUCACUGUUAUCGCUUGGAAUGCCUUCAUCUGAUUCAAAAGUUAUUGAAUUCAAAUUUGUUGAUCGUAUGAAACGGCAGUUUGAGUUUACAGUGGAUAGUUUUCAAAUUAUCUUAGAUCCUCUACUAUCAUUUUAUGAAUGUAAUCCGGCAGAAGGCGGUGGCGGCGGCUGCGGCCGUGGCGGCAUUACUCCACACUUUUAUCCAACUGUUGUCGCUGAAUCUGUAGCUGGAUCGUUUUCUGAAGCUCUUUACCACUUGGAGAAUAAACUGAUUGCAACUAUCGAGCCAGAAAUGAUUCGUGGUGGUGGUCUGUUGAAGUAUUGUCGACUGUUAGUCAGUGGAUAUAAACCUGCUGAAGGUGUUGAUGUGCAUACCCUGGAGAAAUAUAUGAGUUCAAGAUUUUUUAUUGAUUUUCAAGAUAUAACCAGUCAGAAAGUGAAAUUGGAAGCAUUUCUCGCGAAUCAUUUCGGUGAACAUGAAAUCUCGGUUAAGAUAAAUUAUUUACGGAUUUUAUAUCAAGUAGUUAGUGGUUCUACUAUCUGUCUAAUGUCGCAUGAACACUUUCAAACAUUAAAUCUUAUUACAGAAAUGUUACGCUACUUUAUGUAUAAUUAUUAUUCACAAUUCAGUAGUAGUAGUAGUAAUAGUUGUAGUCGGUUAUCAUCACCACCUUUAAGCUUAAGCUUGGAAUGGUUUGCUGAAAAACAAAAUCUUGUUCUAGACAAGAUCUAUUUUGGAACACAAUUAUUCCCUGUCAUAUCACGAAGUGAACCAUACUCGAACAAUUGUUAUUGUCUUAAACAAAAGAAUAAACUAUCGCCUGUCAUACAAAGGAAUUCAAGGGCUGUGCAAAAAGGGAAUUGUGCACUUCAGGGUGUGAAGAACAGCUUGCACACAGCGUCAGCGUCACCAUCAUCAAAUGAGACAUCUUGUUGUGAAUCUAGUGUGUGUAACCUCCACCAGAGUGGAGGUGGAGAAGGAUUCACAAAUUCUUCUACACAGAAUUCUGCUUCUUCUACAAAUCUUCAUGAUGAUAUCCAGAGAACAGAAUAA